AUGGCAGAUGCCCAGAGCGGUGCGCCGAGUGCCUUGCUGGCAGAGAUCGAGGCGGCCUAUGUCUCGCCCUUCGGGCCUGGAUCUUUGCCGUCAAGGCCCAGGACCUUGAAGUCUCCGCCGAACUUCAUGCUCCUCGUGUCGCACGGGGCAGCAUGUGAUAGCUUUCCCAUUGUGGCCCACGCCUACCACCGGCUCGCAGAAGAGGGCAUUCCACCCACGGUGCUCAUCAUCGGCACGAACCACAGGUGCCUGGGCGCCAACAUCGCGCUGAGCCGAAGGCCAUGGCGAAGCCCUCUGGGCACCUCCCAGGUGGACACGGAGCUGCUACAGAGCUUCUUGGACUCAGGGUAUGUGGUGGAUGAGCAGGGGCAUGCCGCCGAGCACAGUAUCGAGAACCAACUGCCCUUCUUGCAGCACUUAGCGCCCGAGGUGCGGAUCCUGGCGCUGGGCCUCGCGCAGCUCAGCUUCGCGGAGGCCCAGAACUUGGCCCGAGACGUGGCGAGGAUCACCGCAGAUCGGAACGUCUUGAUCCUGGCCACCACCGAUUACCUACAUGCAGGGGAAGGUUACUACGACCAGCCUCCACGUGGUCUUCACCUGCACGAGUUCAUCCGUCAAAGGGAUGCCCCGGUUUUGGCGGCGGUGGCGGCCUUGGACAGCGAGCUCUUGCUGCGAACCGCCGGGGCCACCGGGAUGUGCGGGCUGUGGCCCGCUGUGGUGCUGCUCCUUGCCGCCCAGGAGCUGGGCUUUACAGAGUGCCAGCUCCUGAAAUAUGCCGUCAGCGGAGAGGCCAGGGCUUGCUAG